GAUAUGGCUGCAUGCCUCAGUGUUUCACAAGUGUCUUGAAGUGCUUGUGAGGCCUCUGGUAGAAUGCUGAGAGAGAGAGAGAGAGAGAGAGAGAGAGAGAGAGAGAGAGAGAGAGAGAGGACAUGAUACAAAUAAAUGAGUACCAUUUCACAAAGUAGUUAGAUGCAUCAUGGGAGUGGAUCAGAACUUCUCUACAGUAGUGGACCUGAACACAUCUAAUAUAACCAUGGAGUACAGCUCAGCCCGCUCAGUGGAACAGGUCCCUACAGAAUACCGCAUCGCAGGCCUGGUCUUCUACUGUGUCAUCUUCACCAUUGGCAUAGUGGUCAAUGUCACCGCAUUAUGGGUAUUUGCAUUGACCACCAAGAGGAGGAACUCCGUCUCGGUCUACAUGAUCAACGUGGCCAUAGUGGAUCUCGUCUUUAUCAUCCUUCUCCCCUUCCGGAUGGUUUACUAUGGCCAGGACUACUGGCCGUUCGGAGACAUCUUCUGUCGGGUCAGCGCGGCUCUGACUGUCUUCUACCCCUGCAUGGCCCUGUGGCUCUUCGCCCUGAUCAGCACUGACCGCUACGUGGCCAUCAUCCAGCCCAAACACAGCAAAGAGCUCAAGAACAUCCCCAAAGCCCUGGUAGCAUGCAUCGGGGUGUGGAUCAUGACCCUGGGUAGCACUGUCCCCUUGCUCUUCCCAGAUCACGACCCGGAUCGCUCCUCCAACUUCACCACCUGCAUCAAGAUGCGUGACAUCAUCCACCUGCGAACGGACAACCCCGUCCACUUCACACGCCUGGCCUUCUUCUUCCUGGUGCCGACCUGUAUCAUGAUUGGUUGCUAUGUGGUCAUCGUGGAUAAUCUCGUCCACGGACGGACUUCCAAGCUCAAGCCCAAGGUCAAGCAGAAGUCCAUCAGGAUCAUCAUCACGCUCAUCGUCCAGGUGCUGGUGUGUUUCGUGCCCUUUCACGUUUGUAUGGUGGUUCUGUUGCUGGACGGUGGUGAUGGUUCGAACUACAGCACGUGGGGGGCCUUUACAACAUUCCUGAUGAACCUGAGUACAGUUCUGGAUAUUAUUCUUUACUACAUUGUCUCCAAGCAGUUCCAAGAUAGAGUGAUCAGUGUGAUUCUGUACAGGAACUACCUGCGUAGCGUACGGAGGAAGAGCAGACGCACACACACAGGGAGUGUGAGGUCGCUCAGUAACUUGACCAGCGCCAUGAUCUAAAGGUGGAAACCAAACUCAACUGUGCAAAAGAAGGUGACCCAGGGACUUAACAGAUGCAUACCUGGCAGACAGUGGCGGUCGGUGACAUUUAUUAUGAGGGAGGACAAUACAUUUUUUUAUGGGCAUGGCCUUAUUUCUAUUACAGCAUAUUGGAUGAUUGUCAUUCAUAUUCCAUUCACCCAGCUCAAUGUGACAUCGAUAGGUUUCAGCUACUACAUGAUACUCACAUUUCCCUAUCAUGAGGUUGGUACAGCGUAGCCCAUGAAUGAAAGUUUACAACCACAGGUCGAGGGAAAGAUUUGAGUUAUCAAGGUGGCAGACAGUGACACAUUCAAUACUGUCUUGCACACUCUUGCCCACAUCUAGCUGAUCUAUGGUGUAAUCAUUAGUCCAACAGUUGCAAACAAAAGUUGCAGGUAUGUUUUUCCCCAUUUCGUUCUGUUCGCUUCUGUUUAAGAAAUGUUUUUCAACAGAAUUGGUAGAAGGAAUAUACCCCUGAUCACACGCAAACACAGUUCACUUCACAGCAGCCACAUACAAACAGCAUGAGCACAACACAACACAUCAGCUGUCUGUGACCAGGCGAAAAAACCUUCCCAAGCCAAAAUGUCAUAUCAUAACCGCUAACCGCUACACACAGCCUACAUCGUUGUCACCAUAUUAGCUAACGUCAUAGUCAACAUAGCUACUACAACUAACAUGUUAGUAAACCCUCUACAAUCAUGCAGUAUGGUGUACAGUCAGCAAACUUGCUUCUCCUUUAUUUUUUAAGAAAAUAAUGUGUUCAAAAUUGAUAAACUAUUGUCUUUCUUUCUCGUUGAGUCAACUACUCACCACAUAGUAUGCACUGCAGUGCUAGCUAGCUUUAGCUAAUGCUUUUAGUACUAGAUUCAUUCACUGAUCCUUUGAUUAGGUGAACAACAUGUCAGUUCAUGCUGCAAGGGCUCUGAUAGGUUGGAGGCAGUCCUCAGGAAGUUCAUAAUUACUGUGUAGGUCUAUGGAAAGGGGUGAGAACCAUGAGCAUCCUAGGCUUUUGUAUUGAAGUCAAUAUACCCAGAGGAGGAUGGAAACUAGCUGUCCUCUGGCUACACUAUGGUGCUACCCCAGAGAGUGCUGUUGAGGCUACUGUGGACCUUUGCAUCAGCUGUCUGUGACCAGGCGAAAAAACCUUCCCGAGCCAAAAUGUCAUAUCAUAACCGCUAACAGUGUUUUCAUAAAUUAUUUGGUGACGUGAAUACAUUUUGUAUAGUUUUAUCUAAAAAGGAUAACUUUUUAAUAUUUCACUUAUUUUUAUUUUCAUCAAAUUUGUAGAGGAGGAUGGUCCUUCCCUUCCUCCUCUGAGGAGCCUCCACUGCUGGCAGAGUGUUCCAACACUGAGUAAAGUAUUCGGGUGUGUUCAGACUGGUGAUUCAGUAACUUAAUCACCAUUUACAUUUGAAAUGAUGGGUUGGAAGGGGGGUUAAGGGUCAUGGCGGAAGACUGGGUACAGGCCAGAUAUAUAAACUCACCUGACAAGGACUACUCUUCCCAAAAUGGAAAGUGAUAGCAUCCAAAUGACUUACACACACUUGACAUGGUGUGUCAAACCUAACUAAAUUGACCCAUAUGGUAAGGAGCUAUAUGAAUAAUAUAAUGAUUCAUAUAUGGGUACACCUAAAACAUAUCUUCUAAGAAAUAGUCCACAUUAAUACAAAGGCAUAAUAUAAGAACCAUAAUUGUUUUACUUACAUGUUGUCACAUAUACAGUGUAUGUGAGAAACACAAGAAUCAUGGAUGUUUUGUGCUUUCUUCUAAGAAGUAGGCCAUAGAUUUACUUAUGACAUUUCAUUAAAUCCUUGUGUGUGUGUGUUUGCUGUGGGCUUCAUGUUCAACUCAUUAAAAAAAACAGAUUUGAAUCCACA